AUGUCCAGCCCGCUCAGCAGCCAGUACGCUGCCCUCCUCUCUGCCGCCGCCCGCACCGAGCCGCACGUAGCCGGCGCACUCCACUGCCUCAUCCUCAGGACCCUGCCGCACCCGCCGCCCACCUACCUCCUCAACCACCUGCUCACCGCCUAUGGCAAGGCUGGCCGCCACGCGCGCGCGCGCCGCGUGUUCGACGCAAUGCCUCACCCGAACCUCUUCACCUACAACGCGCUCCUCUCCACCCUCGCCCACGCCAGGCUCCUCAAUGACAUGGAGGCCCUCUUCGCAUCCAUGACACAGCGCGAUAUCGUCUCCUACAAUGCGGUCAUCGCCGGCUUCUCUGGCUGUGGCUCGCAUGCUCGGGCGGUCAGGGUGUACCACGCGUUACUUCAGGCGGACAGUAGCGUCAGGCCUAGCCGGAUCACGAUGUCGGCCAUGGUCUUGGCAGCAUCAACCUUGGGUGACCGCGCCCUUGGUAGGCAGUUUCAUUGUCAGACUCUGCGGCUUGGGUUUGGGGCGAACCCCUUUGUCGGGAGCCCACUGGUUGAUAUGUAUGCCAAGAUGGGCCUCGUUGGGGAUGCCAAGCGAGUCUUCGAUGAAGUGGAGGGCAAGAAUGUGGUGAUGUAUAACACGAUGAUCACUGGGCUGCUCCGAUGCAAGAUGGUUGAAGAAGCAAGGCAGUUGUUUGAGGUCAUGACUGACAGAGAUUCCAUUACUUGGACCACAAUGGUUACGGGGUUCACACAGAAUGGAUUGGAGUCUGAGGCUCUUGACAUUUUUAGGAGGAUGAGGUUUCAGGGCAUUGCUAUUGAUCAGUAUACCUUCGGAAGCAUCCUUACAGCCUGUGGUGCCAUUUCAGCCUUGGAACAGGGGAAACAGAUCCAUGCCUACAUAAUCAGGACUUGUUACGAUGACAAUGUCUUUGUCGGGAGUGCUCUUGUUGACAUGUACUCAAAGUGCAGGAGCAUCAAACUGGCAGAAACUGUUUUCAGGAGGAUGAAAUGCAAAAACAUCAUCUCAUGGACUGCAUUGAUUGUUGGUUAUGGACAGAAUGGGUGCAGUGAGGAGGCUGUCAGGGUGUUCUCUGAGAUGCAAAGAGAUGGCAUUGAUCCUGAUGAUUACACCCUAGGAAGUGUUAUAAGUUCUUGCGCUAACCUAGCAAGCCUAGAGGAAGGAGCUCAGUUCCACUGCCUAGCGCUUGUGUCAGGAUUGAUGCCAUACAUCACAGUGUCCAAUGCACUAGUUACCUUGUAUGGGAAGUGUGGUAGCAUUGAGGAUGCGCACAGAUUGUUUGAUGAGAUGUCAUUUCAUGAUCAGGUCUCCUGGACAGCACUUGUCUCUGGAUACGCUCAGUAUGGGAAGGCAAAAGAAACUAUUGAUUUGUUCGAGAAGAUGUUGGCUAAGGGCGUGAAGCCUGAUGGAGUAACAUUUAUCGGUGUUCUUUCUGCUUGCAGUCGUGCAGGGUUUGUUGAGAAAGGCCGCAGCUACUUCCAUUCCAUGCAGAAGGACCAUGGUAUUGUGCCCAUAGAUGAUCACUACACCUGUAUGAUUGACUUGUAUAGCAGAUCUGGGAAAUUAAAAGAAGCUGAGGAGUUCAUAAAGCAGAUGCCGGUGCACCCUGACGCAAUUGGAUGGGGAACAUUGCUGAGUGCUUGCAGGUUGCGCGGUGACAUGGAAAUCGGCAAAUGGGCAGCCGAGAAUCUCUUAGAAAUCGAUCCCCAGAACCCGGCAAGCUAUGUGUUGCUAUGCAGCAUGCAUGCUGCUAAAGGUCAAUGGAAUGAGGUUGCCCAGCUAAGGCGUGGAAUGAGGGACAGGCAAGUGAAGAAGGAGCCAGGUUGUAGCUGGAUCAAGUAUAAGAAUAAAGUUCACAUCUUUUCUGCUGACGACCAGUCUCACCCCUGCUCCAAGGGAAUUUAUGAAAAACUCGAGUGGCUCAACUCCAAGAUGCUUGAAGAAGGAUACAAACCUGAUGUCAGUUCAGUGCUGCAUGAUGUUGCAGAUACUGAUAAGGUUCACAUGGUCAGCCAUCACAGCGAGAAGCUUGCGAUUGCCUUCGGAUUAAUAUUUGUUCCACAGGAAAUGCCUAUUCGAAUUGUCAAGAAUCUGCGUGUUUGUGUAGAUUGUCACAAUGCUACAAAGUUCAUAUCUAAGAUUACUGGCCGUGAUAUUCUUGUGAGGGAUGCUGUCAGAUUUCACAAGUUCAGCAAUGGGGUAUGCUCUUGUGGAGACUUCUGGUGA